AUUAUAGCAGACACUGGGGCGAGUUACUUGACCUCAUUUGAAAAUACAAACCGGACCGAGACCACCAUCCAGAAGGACGAACACAAUUUUUGAGGAACCUCAUGCAUCUAAACACCACCUAAAGGAAUAGGUGAAAAGCAACGAGUCGGUCCGGAAGUGCUGGCCGAUCUCCAUCAGCUGUGAUCACCACGUCUGCGGCUCCAGACACUGUGCUGGCACUCACCUUCGCAGGCAGUCAGGAGAAAGCUGAGGUCAGACAGCCCGGAGCCAAAACUCAUAAUGAUUAGCGGAAGAAGCCUUGGGAUGAAGGAAGCUGUGCGGAUUACAGGUUAUAAUGUAUGACCAACGCAGAAUAAGUACAACUCUAUAGCCAAAGGGAUCCCGAGGACUUGAUUACAGUCGCUUCAAGCCUGAUAGUUUGUCCGUGCGGCUGCUCCCCCUCUCCCGUCUGAUCACGCCCGUGUAGUCCACUGGCAUUUCUUCUGACAACUUCCCAUCCCUCUCCGCGGGUGAAGAAGACUCGGCUCCACUCUCGGUCUACUUCGCCUACCUUUCGGUUCCUGUUCUACUCUCAGCAGUGGUGCUUCCCUGGAUUUGCAUUAUUCUCUUAUUAGGCAUACCAUCAAAAUUCACCAAAAUGAUUCCCAACGGUUAUUUGAUCUUUGAAGAUGAAAGUUUCCUGGAUUCCACCGUGGCCAAAAUGAACGCUCUGAGAAAGAGUGGUCAGUUCUGUGACGUUAGACUGCAGGUGUGUGGUCACGAGCUGAUGGCUCACCGCGCUGUCCUGGCUUGCUGCAGUCCGUACCUGUUUGAGAUCUUCAACAGUGACAUUGAGCCUCACGGAGUCUCACAUGUCACUUUCGAAGACUUGGACCCAGUGGCUGUGGAGAUCUUGCUCAACUAUGCCUAUACUGCUCAACUGAAGGCAGAUAAAGAGCUGGUCAAGGAAGUUUACUCCGCAGCCAAAAGGUUCAAGAUGGAGCGAGUCAAACAGAUCUGUGGCGACUACCUGUUGUCUAAGAUGGAUUCCCAGAACGCCAUCUCCUUCCGAAACUUUGCCAGCUCUAUGGGAGACGCCAGAGUUUUGGCCAAGGUGGACGCCUUCAUCCAGGACCAUCUCCUGGAAGUGUCUGAACAGGAGGACUUCCUCAAACUUCCCCGCCUCAAGUUAGAAGUAAUGCUAGAAGACAACCUGUCCCUGCCCAGCAACGGCAAGCUCUACUCCAAGGUGCUCAACUGGGUGCAGCGCAGCCUCUGGGAGAACGGAGACCACCUGGAGCGACUGAUGGAGGAGGUGCAAACGCUGUACUACUCACCUGACCAUAAGCUGGUGGAUGGAGGGCUGGUGAUUGAUGGGCACAGUGAAGUGUUUGGUGGCGAGGAGGACCACCUUCAGUUUGUGCAGAAGAAACCCGUUCGAGAGAGCGCCCAGAAACAGAUGAGCUGCAGCUCCUCGGGGAGCCUGUCGCCCUCCAACCAAGCAGCGAACGCUCCCAAACCCACCACCAGGAGAGAGUGGAAGUACAUCGCCUCGGAGAAGACCACAAACAACACCUACCUGUGUCUGGCCGUGCUGGACGGCGUGCUGUGUGUGAUCUUCCUGCACGGCCGCAGCAGCCCUCAGACAUCCCCCUCUGCCACCCCCUGCCUGAUGAAGAGCCUCAGCUUCGAGGCCCAGCCCGAGGAGCUGGAGGAGCAGCCGCUCUCACCCAUGCAUUACGCCCGCUCGGGCCUGGGCACCGCGGCCCUGAAUGGACGAUUCAUCGCAGCAGGAGGCUACAACAGAGAGGAGUGUCUGAGGACUGUGGAGUGUUACGACCCCAAAGAAGACCGCUGGACCUUCAUCGCUCCCAUGCGGACUCCGAGGGCUCGGUUCCAGAUGGCACUCCUCAUGGGUCAGUUGUACGUGAUCGGAGGUUCCAAUGGACAUUCUGACGAGCUGAGCAGCGGAGAGAUGUACGACCCACACACUGAUGAGUGGGUUCAAGUGCCAGAGCUGCGGACCAACCGCUGCAAUGCAGGUGUCUGCUCCUUGAACAACAAACUGUAUGUUGUGGGAGGGUCAGACCCCUGCGGGCAGAAGGGUCUGAAGAACUGUGAUGCAUUUGACCCGGUGACCAAAACCUGGUCCAACUGUGCCUCCCUCAACAUCAGGAGGCACCAGGCAGCAGUGUGUGAGUUGGAGGGCGUCAUGUACGUGAUCGGCGGGGCGGAGUCGUGGAACUGCCUGAACACUGUGGAGCGCUACAACCCCGAGAACAACACCUGGAGCCUCAUAGCCCCCAUGAACGUGGCUCGCAGGGGAGCCGGCGUUGCCGUCCAUGCAGGCAAACUGUUUGUCAUCGGCGGCUUCGACGGCUCCCACGCGCUCCGCUGCGUGGAGGUGUACGACCCCGCCCGCAACGAGUGGAGGAUGCUGGGGAGCAUGACGUCGUCGCGCAGCAACGCGGGGGUGGCCAUGCUAGGCGAGAACAUCUACGCCGUGGGCGGCUUCGACGGGAAUGAGUUCCUCAACACGAUGGAGGUGUACAACCCCGAGGCGGACGAGUGGAACGACUGCGCCAAGGCCCUGUCGCCCCUCUCUGACUGAGGAUGGGGAGGGGGGAGAGGGUUCGAGGGGGGUUGGUUUCACAGUGCUUCACCUUUUCCCAAACUAACAGGCUUAGUGACGUAAUCGUGUUUCGUGAUGUUCUGUUUGUGUAUGAGUGGAUAUGUGUGGGGGUGGGGGCUGUUGGGGUCAGGGGACUAUUUGGCGGGGAGGGGAGGGGGGCGGGGGGAUUGUUGCCCAAAGCAACAUGACUCCUUUGCAUAUUGCAUACAAUGUAUUAUUUUCUUUUUUUUCUUUUUGUGCUGUACAUAUUUUGUUUUAUUUCUUCCUCAUUUUUUUGUCAUAUGCCAACAUUUAAUACACACUUAGUGCUUUUCUUUUUCUCUUAGAGUUGAAAGGGUUUUGUCACUUUUAAUUGAGAGCUUUCAGACGAGCCAUCUACCGUCGGUCACUCGGGAGGUGGUGGUGUGGAGUGGUGACGAUUGAGUUUAUUUAAGAAUGUUUCUGUCGUGGAAAUGUAAAAACAUUUUUUGCUCACAUAUUUAAAGGUCAGCGGUUUUGAAGCCUUACUCGACUUGAGAGUUGAUAAACACUUGUCAUGGCUUUUUUUUUUUUUUUUUUUUAAAUGUCAUUUCAAACAAGCUGGAUUGCUUUUUGAAUCUUAAAUGAUGGCCUUUUUUAUAUUUUUUAUACACUGCUGAUUUACCAAUAAAAUGAAAUAAGAAACCGUAGCAGACAGCUUAAGUCAACGAAUCUAACCAGUGCCAGUUUUAGUUCAACUUUUUUUAUUUUGUGCACGCACAACCAUGUUUCUGCUAACCAAACUUUUGUUCUUGUGAAUUUUAGCUGAUGUAUGUAGAGAUGCAGUUUACUGAAGAUCCUUUUUUUUUUUUUUUUUUUUCAUUCUUGUGUUUUAAAGUGUCAGGCAUUGGCAGAUUCUUCUGGAAGGGUUAUGAGCGAGAAAAUUAUCACAUUUGUAACAUUUCUUAAUUAAUAAAUCAUUUAAAUCUGA